AUGUCUAAACCAGAGUCCGCUUCUACGGCCUUUCCAAAAGAAAAGACGUUCAGCUCCUACAACAAGGAACAAGGCAAAUUUUAUGCCCAGGUCCGCCGUGAUUACCACCCAAAGGUGUAUGAAGCCAUCAUUGACCACCACACAUCCACCGGCGGCGGUCAUGACACAAUUCUUGAUGUUGGCUGUGGUCCCGGCACUGCCGCCCGCGGGCUCGCGUCUCACUUUGCUCAUGUCAUUGGCCUCGACCCUUCCGAAGGUAUGAUCAGUACGGCUCGUUCAAUAGGCCUUGUUUCGUCCACUGCCGAACCCGCACGCUUCGAGAGAUCCACGGCUGAGGAACUUGGAGCAAACCUGUCGCCGCCACUUCCAGAUUCUAGCGUCGACCUCAUUACCGCCGCCAACGCUGCGCACUGGUUUGAUAUGUCAGGCUUCUGGCCCAGCGCUGCCCGCGUCCUCAAGCCUGGAGGCACCGUCGCGUUGUGGACUAGCGGCGAGAUUCGUGCUCACCCGUCCAUGCCCAACGCUGCCGCCAUUCAGGAGGCAUUUGAUGAGCACCAGGAGCGUGACAUGAAGCCCUACCUUGAGCCAGGCAGCCUGCUUGUGCGAGGUCGCUAUGCCGACCUGCCCCUUCCGUGGACCCUGGCACAGCCCGUUUCCGAAUUUGACAAGACAACAUUCGUCCGAAAGGAGUGGGACCCGAGCGAACAAUUCUUUGUGGGUAUGCCCGAAGCGGACCUGGACAUGUUUGAGAAGAUGAUGGCGACGGGGAGUGCAGAGACACGUUGGCGCCAGGCGCACCCCGACGACGUCGGCACGGAGCGAGAUGUGCUCAAGAUACUUCGCAAGAAGAUUGAGCAACUGUUGCAGGAGGCCGGCGUUGAGAAAGGAAAGGAGAAAUUGAAGGCAACCGUGUAUGGCGUAUUGCUGUUGGUGAAGAAGCAGGCGUAG